CUCAUCGAAGAAGAAGUUGUAUUGUUUUGAUUCGUUGUAGUCGCACAGCUGAAAUACCGUUUGUCUGCAGAUUCUUCAAAGUAGCCGCCCUUUGCCUUGAUGACAGCUUUGCACACUCUUGGCAUUCUCUUGAGACUGGUUGCUCCUGUGGGUCUCUGGGUGGGAGUCUGCUAGGUGACUGAAUGUAAUGUAAAUGUUGAGCGGCUUCGUUGCAGGAACGUUGUGUCGCAAAAUCACAGGAAAUUACCUACACAAAAUGCUUCGUAAUGAAGACCUCCCAGUCAGCGGCGACAGAAGGCGAUAAUGUCACUUCCUGGGUGUCUGUGUGCCCCAGGGGCUUGUGGGAGGUUUGUCAGAGGAGGAAACGAGGGGCGGAGCCAGCUGACCCCUCUGGAGACGUCUACCCCGGUAUUGGCUCUCUGUGUCGGGUCAGAGUUCAACGCCAAGGAGAACCUACAGCUGACCCGGAGCUGUCACUCAAACCUGACCUGCCAAUCACAGUCCUUUCAGAUGCCCAGGUCCCACCCCUACAGCGCUCCCAGGGUACCAUGCUGCAGGUCCCGCUUGGUGAUUGGAUCAUUCUGAGGCUGGGGGAGGGGCAGUGUGACAUCACAGAGGGGUGUGUGGAGGGGAUGAGGGCUGGAGAGAAGUGUGAGGUAAUGCUGACCCCACUAACAGACGGACUCCGGGGAGGAGAAGAGGAGCAGAAGAGAACAGGCCCUGACCAGUCCUUGAGUAUAACAGUAGAGCUCCAGUCCUUCUCUCCUGGCCAUGAGUCCUGGCAGCUGUCAGCUGGAGAGAAGUGGGGCUGGGUGAUGUCACACAAGCAGAGGGGGGGGGACAGGUUCAGGGCGGGGGACAUGUGGGGGGCGGCAGACAGCUACAGCCGAGCCAUCAAACUCCUCAUCACCCUAAAACGACACACACGGGGAGAAGGGGAGGAGAUGACUCCGAUAGAGGAGGAGGAUGAGGAGACGGAGAAGAAAGAUAGCCUAGAGGCCCCUACAGAUCGUCAGUACCGUUCCAUCAAGGCCUCUCUCUACUCCAACCUAUCCCUAUGUCAGCUGAACCUAGGCCAGUGGUCCCGGGCCAGGGGUUGUGCCUCCAGAUCCACCCUGCUGGAGCCCCAAGGCCUGAAGGCCUGGUACCGCCUUGGGCAGGCCAACCUGGAGGCAGGGGAGCUGGAGGAAGCCAACAGGGCCUUCAGGAAACUACAGGAGCUCCAGCCUGACUCUCCCUACGCCCUGAGAGGACUGAGAGAGGUGGGGAGGAGGGAGCGAGAGACGAAUAGCAGACUGGGACAGAGACUCGGCAAGAUGUUCAGCUGAAGAGGGAGAGCGAGAGAGGACUGAUAGCCAAUUGGGACAGCGACUGAGUCAAAUGUUCAGGGGAUGGAGGCAAGAAGGAGAGGGUGACAAUUAGCAGACUAUCUUUUCAUAUCCACAAAUAGUCGUAGGCUGCGUUUAUAUAAGUAGUCCAAUUCUGAUAUUUUGACCAAUCACAAAUAAAAUCCAUAUCAGAAUUGGGAUGUCUGUAAAUAUGAGCACUGGAUUAUGGGAUUUAACUGUCAGCCAUUUUUUUUCUUUUUUUUUUCUUGAACUGUUAAGACCCUGGAGCUGUUCUAUAAACUACAUCUAAGAAGUGGUAUAGAAAUUAGCUGGAAUUAUGGGUAGGACGGCUUUUCACUAACUCGGUCCUGGGGACGCCAAGAGCCACACAUUUAGGUUUUUGCCCAAGCACUACAUUACUAAUUCAAAUAACCAAAGCUUGACGAUGAGUUGGUUAUUUGAAUCAGCUGUGUAGCGUCAGGGCACCACAGUUAAGAACGCUGGGGCAGGAUUAUGGUUGUAAAGGGAGGGUAUAUUACUGGAAACCUUCAAAGUUUACCAGUAAACUACCAGAAUUUUGGUAACUUUCAGGUUUUGAGGAAUUUAAACAAAUUAGUUAUCAUUU